ACGAAGGCGAGGUGGGGCGCCGGUCACCUUCCCCAUCGACGCGUGCGGCCGCCGCCUGACGCUCUACCAGCAGUUGUCGUCCUUCACGGACACGUCGGGGGUCACGGGCGCCGUGGUGUGAGACAGCGGCGUCGUGCUCGCCAAGUUCCUCAAACACGCGGCCGACAGCGGCCUGCUAUUGGUGUGCGGCGCGCGCGGUGGACCUCGGCGUUGGGUGCCGGCUCGUGGCCGUCGUGGCGGCGCUGCUCGGAGCGCGCGUCGUGGCCACCGACCUGCCCGACCGCGUCCGGCUGCUCCGGAAGAACCUCGAGGAGAACGUCGAGGUGGUGGGGAUGUGGGGGCGGGUCGGCAACGGUGGCGGAGCUAGUGUGGGGCGACGAGUACGAGCUCGACCCCGAGCUGCUGGACCCACCGCUGGAGCUCGUGCUGGGGUCGAACGUGGUGUACAGCGAGGAGGUCGUCGGUGACCUGCUAGCCACGCUCACUCGGCUGGUGGGGCCGGGCACCAGCGUGCUGCUCGCCGGCGAGCUCCGCAACGGACCAUACAUGGUGGUGCCAUGGUGGAGUGCUUCUUGGAGGCGGCCAUGGGGGAGUUCGAGAUCGAGUGCGUGGAGCAGGCGCAGUGGCACCCCGACUUCCGCACCAACCACGUCGUCAUCUUCAUCCUCCUCAAGAUUCAAGAAGACACCGCCGCCGCUCCCUGUCUCACUGCCAUAGCUGCUCUGCAGAAGUAAGUCGGUCAGUACAAGCAUGAAGGGUUGGUCCGAUGCAGACUUAUUGUUGUCUAUACCUACUAAUAAAAGAAAUAGGUAUUCUUAGUCCGUCAUGCUAUUUUGUAGAAAAAAAUCUGAUGUUUCUGACAUUAAACCUGUAGUACAUAUCAAAUGUUUUUUUUAAAUACUCAUAUCUUUUAAACCGUAACUCCAAAUUUAACAUAUUAUAUAUGAAAUUUGAUGAGAAAAAUAUGUAGAAUCUAAAUAUGAUGUUAUUUUACCUGUUAACAGUUUAAAAAAUAUUAUCUAGGCUACAAUGUUAACAACAAUGCAUUAUCCGUCUUUUUUUCAUACCGGUACCGGUUCAUAUUCAGAUUUGUUAACUCCAAAUUCUUUUUUUCAUACGGUUACUGAUUCAGGAUUGGACAUCAAAUUGAAGAUAAAUUUGUUAGAGACAAUAAAUAAGGACAUGCAUGACAAGAAAUAAAAGGACCAAACAAAGAUAGGAUGUCCGCUAUAAAAUAAAUAAAAGAGAAAAUGCAGAGAUCCGAUAAAGAUGAGAUGUUGCGCUAUUAUCCUAUAUAUAAGAAGAAGAAAAAAGAGGGCAUGCAUGAAAAAAGUAAAAAGGAGGCAUGCAUGACAUAAAAUAAAAUAAAAGAUAAGUUUGAUAAAAGUAAAUAGUGAUCAAAUAGGAACCAAUACCUAUGACAUGUAUGGCAAGAAAUAGUAAUGAAAUAGAGGCGCAAGUACCUACGUCAACAUGAGACCGUAAAAAAAAUGUUCUUUUCCAGACAAAAAAAAAUCUCCUUUUAUGAUAAAAAAUCCUGUAUCUUUUUAACAACUUUUUUAACUCUUCAUGUAUUUAAGAAAUAGCUACAAAUUCUCAGAUUAUAAAAUAUUUUUUGUAAAUUAAGAGUGUGUGAUAUUUUUUCUCCCGUUGCAACGCACAGACUUUUUUGCUGGUAACAAUUAACAUUAUUAUUAUACCGAAACCGGUGCACACAUUGGCUGUAGCUCUCAGUGGUAGACAUCAAUCAUCUAUGAUUCUCAAGCUAUAUGUCUCAUGGUGUACAUGAUGCCUUCAGUCCACAUAAUAUGUUUCACUGACAUUUUGCUUUUUUGAGGGCUCUGUGAUUCUCCAACUACUUAAUUUAUGUACCUAUUUAAUUUGGUUAUCCAAUGGCAAUAACAAGAAAAAAGCGGAUGCCUCAUCUCACUUCUGCCGUCCUGCCCUACCACUCGAAGAGUCGCCACCAUGUAGC